CUGUGGACAUCCAUUAUUACUAUAUACUGGAGCUGUCUUUCUACCUGUCCUUACUCUUUUCCCAAUUCACAGACAUCAGGAGGAAGUUUUUUCAUGCACAGUACUACACUGAGGAGGUCCUCUGCAUCCCCUGCCAGUUCCAGAUUUCCUGAUCAUGUUCCUGCACCAUGUGGCAACAAUCUCCCUCAUCACCUUUUCCUACGUGAACAACAUGGCACGGGUGGGAACUCUGGUCAUGUGUCUCCACGACGCAGCUGACGUGCUGAUAGAGGCUGCCAAGAUGGCCAACUAUGCCAAAUGUCAGAUACUGUGCAACCUCCUGUUUGCAAUGUUUGCAAUUCUCUUCAUAAGUUCCAGGCUGGGAGUUUACCCCGUCUGGAUUUUAAAUACCACCUUGUUCGAGAGUUGGGAGAUUGUAGGGCCCUACCCAUCCUGGUGGGUCUUCAACCUGCUCCUGAUCCUGCUGCAGCUUCUUCACUCCUUCUGGUCCUACCUCAUAGUGAAGACAGCGUGCCGAGCAAUCUCCAAAGGAAAGGUGGGGAAAUGGAAUCCGUUGCAUGUGUCUAAAGACGACCGCAGCGACAUCGAGUCCAGCUCUGAUGAGGAUGACAGCCCUCCGCCCAAUCACAAGCACCACAGCAGCAGCAGCAGCAGCAGCAGCAGCACCACCAACGGGACCAACAAAAAUCACGGGACCAACGGCUACCUGACAGGGGGCCUGUAUCCCGACGAACACUGACUAAGCUCAUAUCACAACACUGGAGCCAUGCUACAGACACCAUCCAUCAAUCUGUGUGUGUGUGUGUGUGUGCGUGUAUGAUGGACACAUGAACAACAUCGCCUGUCUGGUACUGGAAGUUCUUGAUAGAUUUAUGUGAAUGCAGUUUUGUUAUCAAUUUCAUUCUUUACUAAUUUCCCUCGCGCAAUUUCUUCUCUUCAUCUACAGUAUAUAUUUGCAUCAAACUGCACUCAGUGAAAUAUCAAAGCACUCCUAUCGGUACAACCCACUCUCUGUUUAGCCAACGAAUGAAAGCAUUCUACUUUAUGGUGUACGCAUGCUACUUUAACAUACAGUAGUCUGGCAUACCGGGGGUGAGUUUUUUCUUGUUUAUGUCUUUCUAUGUUAUUUAUUUUUUAUAAAUAUGUUUGCAGAUGGCGGGACAUCUAUUUUACGUUGAAGAUGAAAUAAUCUUGAACAACAACACAGCUGUUUUUUUUUCACACCACACAUCAUGACAACGAGUAUUAGCGAAGUGCUAAAGACCUGGGUUUACUUUUAAUGCUACACCCCCAAAGAUAUGCCAAAAUGUGUGAAGUUUACUCACAUUUUUAAACACAUUCUCCACUCAAACUGUAUAUGAGAUGUCAAUAACAGUAUUAUGUGUGUGCAUCAGAUAUGGCUAGAUGCUGUAUCCCCUAUUAAAGCAUUUUGUUAAGUAUUCUGGUACAUUUCUGGUAAGCAUUUCAUUAAAGGCCAUUUGUCCUCUUAGGAGGCAGACAUGAGUUGUUUGAGUUAUUCAAUAAAAAAAAACAUGAAGAUUG